UCGGGCGGCUAAGUGGGCCGCAGCCGUUGCUGGGGUGAUCAUCGCUGGGCUCCCGCUGCGUAAACAACCUCCCGAUCUACUCUCGGCUCACUCUGCUUGAACAUCCUCACCAGUCAGUCACCUACUCUACCCAUCACUAUAUACCAGCGGGAAUCUUCGUUCCUCUGAUUUCCUCUUGACUGAGACCAGCGCUAUUUCCGUCCUCUUGCCCACCUUGCUUCUUUGGCCAGGUAUUUCGACAAUGGCAACAAAGACCCUUGAGGCUCGAUUUGAGCACCUCUCAGUUAACGAUGGGAACGACCCUGUACAGGGAGGGAAGAGUCUAAGCAAGCAAAAGGACAAGGGCUCUUUGUCAACUGCCGUCUCGAUAGCUGGCAUGGGAGCGACGAACCAGACAGCCUCAACUCGCAACCAUCUACUCAAAAUAGCCCUCCAGAACACAAAUGAAGCAAGAACUAAUGCUUUGUCUCCGCCGGCCAAGGAGACCGAGGAAAACGCUUCCCAAGCUUCAGGCGUUCUCUAUGAACAGCCAGCACCCAAAAAGCUGCACCUAGGUAUGUUUGAAAUUGGAAAAGCAUUAGGUAAAGGAAAAUUCGGUCGAGUGUACCUAGCCAAGGAACGCUCCUCUGGUUUCAUUUGUGCUCUCAAGGUGCUUCACAAGUCAGAGCUUCAGCAGGGUGGAAUACAGAAACAGGUCAGAAGAGAGAUUGAGAUCCAGAGCAACCUUCGUCACCCAAAUGUGCUUCGGCUAUUUGGCCACUUUCAUGAUAGCAAACGCAUCUUCCUCAUCCUGGAAUUUGCAGGAAAGGGCGAACUGUACAAGCAUCUUCGCAAGGAACACCGAUUUCCUGAAUGGAAAGCUGCUCAAUAUAUUGCGCAGAUGACAGCCGCUCUGAAAUACUUGCACAAGAAGCACGUCAUUCAUCGUGAUAUUAAACCCGAGAAUAUCUUGAUGGGAAUUCAUGGAGAAAUCAAGAUCAGCGAUUUUGGAUGGAGUAUGCUCAAGUCUGGGUCUCAGGACAACUUUUACAACGAGAAAGUUGACUUGUGGAGUCUCGGUGUUCUUACAUAUGAAUUUCUCGUUGGAGAAGCCCCAUUCGAGGACACGCCUGUCAUGACUCACAGGAGAAUCGCUCGAGGAGAUAUGACCAUUCCUUCUUUCGUCAGUCCUGAAGCAAGGGAUCUCAUUAAAAAGCUUCUUGUCCUUGACCCUGAAAAGAGGAUAUCACUUGUAGAAGUUCAGCAGCAUCCUUGGAUCGUCAAGCAUUGUAUCAAGGCUGAAAAGGCUUCGCAACGAGUUUCAAACUUGAAAGAUAGCAAGUAGAAGAAGGCUCAGGCGGGUUUGGGGCCUUCGUCGCACUUUAUUUUGGAGUUGAAUUCGGAGUUUUGGGUGUGCUCAUCAAUUGGCGUUGGCACUGGCAUAAUUUCACGGGAUUAUUUCAUUAUCAUGAA